UUAUUUUUGAAGUUAUGUCCAAAUAAUAAUGUUGUCUAUUAUGAACGUCAUUUAGCAUGUCAUAUACACUCAAAUGUUAUUGUUGGUAUUCAAACCAAAUUCAAGUUCAUCAUAAAUAUUCCGCGGGUCAAUCAAGUUAAAGAACAAGGUGGUCUGUGAUUGGUUGUCUGUUGUGAUGAGUCAAGGUAAACCGGAAGUAACGGCCAAGGACCGAUUCGGCAGACAGGUGGCCUGUGAUUGGUUGUAUGUCGUGAGGCGCCAAGUCCCGGUCACGACUCAGCAGGACCCCUCCCACCUCCGCCACGCUUAUAACGGACCCCGUCCCACCAGAGGGGAGGCACUCUGAGGGAGGGAGACAUGUACUGGGACUCCGCCAUCAAACCUGCAGACAGCAAAGACGCCAAAAUAAAGAUGGAGGUGUGCCAGAGUGGGUACUACAAGGAGGAUUUUAGGACCCAGGAGGUGCCGGCAGGUUUUGACUUUGCAUCUUAUGACUACCCUGGUGAAGAUCUGUCUUUUCUGUUAGACACCAAGCCGUCCGGGCAGACGCAGUAUCCGACCGAGAGCUGCUACACGGAGCCGCCCAAAGUUGCUUCCUCAAGUGACGCCAGCCUCUUCAACCUGGACUCGUACCAGGAUUUCAGCUGGUGGGCCUCUUAUCCCCAAGAUGGGCUGAUGGUGGAGCAGCCCCAGGCAGGGUUCCAGGAGUCAGGAGCCCCCCAGACGUACCCGAGCAUGGCUCCACAAAGUGGACAGUUCAGCCCGGCCGUGGAGGGCAGCCACAGCCCCUUCCUGUCAGGGAAAACCUCACAAAGCGAGUCUGAGUCCACUUACUCUUGUCACUCGGCCGACCUCUACGACUCGGACGGGCAGAGGAGAUCCUUCUGGUCCGAGUACUCUUCAGCCAGCUUUGGCGCCCCCCUGGCACCUGCCAUGUGUCCCGCCUCCACUGGCACCCCUCAGCCGACAGAGCACUACUACCCCCGUGUGGCCAAACGCAAAAACCUGCAGCGGCCUGAGAGGGAGAGCCACAUGGCGGCAAUGUCUGCUUAUCCAGGUUCUGGUCCGAUCCAGCUGUGGCAGUUCCUGCUGGAGCUCCUCCUGGACUCCGCCUGUCGCACCUUCAUCUCCUGGACGGGGGACGGCUGGGAGUUCAAGAUGUCCGACCCCACUGAGGUGGCCAAGCGCUGGGGCCAGUGCAAGAACAAACCCAAGAUGAACUACGAGAAGCUGAGCCGGGGCCUUCGCUACUACUACCACAAGAACAUCAUCCACAAGACGGCGGGAAAGCGCUACGUUUACCGCUUCGUCUGCGACAUGCAGGGCAUGCUGGGGAAGACGGCACAGGAAGUUCUCGCCGGCCUGAACAUUUUGCCGACCGGCACGGAAGCGUGGCGCCGCCACACGGACUCGGUAGCGGCGUCCUCGGAGCAUAGCAGCGAGCGAUGGGAGUAGGAGGAGCGGUACAACGGACCGCCAUGUUUCAAUGUAGCCCCGCCUCUUCCAACCCUGGCUCAGUAAGUAAUGACACAUGACGGCGUUGUGGUGGGACCCACAAACUGAGACUGUUGAGGCACGUUGGCCAUUUUAAGCACUACAGAUAGAAACACGUUUUAUUUUUACUACUAAUUCUACGAGAUUAAGGUCAUUAUCGGUGUCAAAUUGGAAUUGUACUCAAAUAAAAUCUGAAUAUUGUGAGCAAAUAAUUACAUUUCUGGGAAUACAGUUAUAGAGUCACCCCUUGUUAAUACAUAGAAUAUUAUUGUAAUUAGAACCUAGAAAACCUGUUAAUAACUUUCUAAAUACAGCUUUUAAUAUUAUUAGAGCCCUGUAGACGUGAAAUAACACCCAUAUAUUGACUUUUACACUAUUAUUAUUCUUUGUUUACAUCACAUUGCGCAGGUUACGAGAUGACUGCAGGAGCAAACCACAGAGAGACAUGGCUGCCACAAGCAUAGCAAGCUAGCGAGCUAACUCGUUAGCUUCUCUGAAAAGACGACAAAAACUGAGAGGUUUUCACUCUAUCUCAGCCACGGCAUGCCCAUCUGUCAAUCAAUCUCCAUGCGGUGCAAAAGUUAAUGUAAUGGAAUCUAAUAAUAUAAUAAUAAUAAUAGACAUAUAACUUGUCUUUCAAUAUUUUUUUACUAAUAAUAGGCCAUAGUCAACAACGAAACAGCCGUCAUUUAUGAAUUAAUUUGUGUUUGACCGGCCACCAGUCCAGGGCGUACCCCGCCUCUUACCUGAAGACAGCUGGGAUAGGCUCCAGCACCCCACGAGGAUAAGCAGUAUAAAAUGAAUGAAUGUUAUUUGAAAAGCCGCAAUAUAGCCAGGGAUUACUGCUGUGCGGAACUUUGACAUAUACUCAUUGAAAUUCUGACUUUAUUUUGGUAGUAUUCUGAUUUGUUGACUUUAAUCUCAGAACAUUGGGACUAUUCUACUUUGUUCUUUUCAUUGUGGCCUUGAUACUUCCUUCCUUAGCAUUUCAGGGUGUUUCUGGGAACUAAUGUAUUUGUGAAUAAUGUCAAUAUGGUCGAGUUUUGUGCAUUUAUUAUAUAGAUAUUUUUUAUACAGAACUCAAGUCUACCUCUGUUUGCUAAUUAGAAUAAAUAAACUCCAAUGAUCCCUACUUGAGCUGUGAGGGUUGCAGACUGUGUGAUGGCAAUCUUAUGUA